UAGCAGUUAUGUCGCCCGGCGCAGGAGUCAGACCGUUCUCUGUUAGAGUAGUUUAAAUUAAUCUUAAAAUUGUUCAGUCUGAAGUUUUGUUAGCCUGAAAAAUAUCUUUCCGACAUUAUGUGUUCCGUUAGAAGGACGUAAUCGUUGCAGUAUUGAUUUAUUUUAAGUUACCUGUUUGGGCCAUGGCAUCUCUGUCAGAGGAGGUUCUGCUGGUGGUGAAGAAAGUCCGUCAGAGGAAGCAGGAUGGCACACUCUACCUGAUGGCUGAAAGAAUAGCCUGGGGUCCAGAAGGCAAAGACCGCUUCACUGUCAGCCACCUGUAUUCAGACAUCCGCUGUCAGAAGAUCAGUCCUGAUGGUAAAGCCAAGAUUCAGCUCCAACUGGUCCUUCACACCGGAGAUAGUACCACAUUCCACUUUGCCAAUGAGAGCACCGCACUUAAAGACAGAGAUGCUGCCAAGGAGCUGCUGCAGCAGCUACUGCCAAAGUUCAAGAAGAAGGCCAACAAGGAGCUGGAGGAGAAAAACAGGAUGCUUCAGGAAGAUCCGGUGCUUUUCCAACUGUACAAAGAUCUUGUGGUGAGUCAAGUGAUCAGUGCUGAUGAAUUUUGGGCCAACCGGUUAGGAGGCAUGAAUAAUGGGGAACCUGCACCUUACAACAACAAACAGGAAGUUGGAAUAUCUGGAGCAUUUCUGGCGGACAUCAGACCACAGACUGAUGGCUGCAAUGGCUUGAGAUAUAAUUUGACUGCGGACAUUAUCGAGUCCAUAUUUAGAACAUACCCUGCAGUGAAGCAGAAGUAUAGUGAAAAUGUGCCUCAUAACCUGACGGAGAAGGAGUUCUGGACGCGCUUUUUUCAGUCUCAUUAUUUCCACAGAGACCGCAUCAACACAGGUUCUCAGGAUAUUUUCUCAGAAUGUGCCAAGCAAGAUGAGAAAGGGUUAAAAUCUCUGGUGAUCCAAGGAGUGAAGAAUCCAUUGGUUGACCUUUUGUCAUUGGAGGAUAAAACAUUAGACGAGGGUUAUGGGAUAAGCAAAGCCCUACCUUCAACCUCAAAUGCAAACAAGUCAGUGAAAGAGAGUAGUAACUCUGCCAUUAUAAAGCGAUUCAACCAUCACAGCGCUAUGGUGCUGGCAGCAGGCUCACGCAAGGGAGAUGUGACCACCGACCUAGCCAGUGAGACUAGCAGCACAGACGGCAACUCCAGAGAUUCUGAUUUCUUUCAGCCUCCACUGAAGAAGGUUAAACUACAAGAAGCCAUAGAAUAUGAGGAUCUGCAAAGGGAAAAUACUCCUAAGACAGUGGCGUUAAAUCUGAAGAAGUCUGACAGGUAUGCUCAUGGUCCUGUUCCACUUCAGUCCCAGCAGUAUACAACCAGCCAAGACAUCAUCAACUCUGUUGGCUUCAUCCAGCAGGAGAUGGCCAAUUACAAACCCAACCUAACUCGGGUGUUGUCCAGCACCACAGCAACCUCUGCCAUCGCAGCGCUCUCUCCAGGAGGCGUCCUUAUGCAAUCUGUUGGACAGCAAUCCAUAAACCAAAUGGUGCCCAAUGACAUCCAAGGAGAGCUGAAGCACCUUUACAUUGCUGCAGGGGAGUUAUUGAGACACUUUUGGUCCUGUUUUCCUGUAAACACACCAUUUUUGGAGGAAAAGGUGACAAAAAUGAAGACAAACUUGGAAAGAUUUCAAUUGACCAAGCUUCGUCCUUUUCAGGAGAAAAUCCAACGUCAGUACUUGAGUACAAAUCUUACAGGGCACCUGGAGGACAUGUUUCAGUCGGCCUAUAGCAAGUUUCAUAUUUGGCAAACCCGCAGGAUGAUGAGGAAAACCUGACCUGGGAAUUUAUUUGUCAAAGAGAAGACGAGAAAGACUUUUAACGUUUAGAAGAAAGACUUGGGAAGAUCCUCUAUGCCGUGAGAAGACCGAGUGGAGCAUAGUUCACAAGGGCUCAUUGAGGGUAUAGAGGGAAGCUGCUGCAGCCAAAAGUGUUAAACAGAGUAUAACUGCAUCUCAGUCACAGAUAACUAUUAGUUUCAUUGUUUUCUUUGUGUUUCCUUCAUUGUUGAGAGAACUCUGCUUGUAACGGGUUAGCAGCAGGACUUUGAAAGUGGUGUAACAUGACCAAACUUCAGCUGGAAGUCAGACAGAAGGCUCCCAGGACAACACACUGAGACGAGAUGGGGAGGACGGCUGUCGUGCACACGGCAGAGAAAAAAAAUACUUUGACACACAAAGCAACCCCAUAAAAUUGGGGUGAAGUGAAAGUAUUAAAGAAAAUCUGGAGCAAGAAGGCGCGUAAACAAAGCAAUACUGAUAAGACAAUUCACACUUGAGUGCAUUAGUGUGUACGACUCAGUGGAAAUCGUCACUGGUUUUUAAUGUCUGCACUGAGGACAAAAAAUAACAGAAUUAAAGUGAGGUAUUUGUUCAUGCCAGUGUCUUCUCCAAAUAGAGUGCUUCAUUCUGUUUCUACAGCUGCAGCUUACAGUUCCUGUAUUAUAAAUGUAAAGAGUAGUAAUUUAUCUGUCUGAGAGAGGAGUUUGACUACAGCCAGGGUUCUGAACUGUGGCAUAAUGGUUGUGAAUUUUCUUUAAUGGUUCUGAGAAGAAAUGUCAGUACCUGUCAUUUGUAAGGUAAUUAAUUAACCAUGAUGUGGGGCUAACAGUGGUGGUUUUUACACAAAUGGCUUCCAAGCAAGUUUCUCCUCCUGCCAACCCACCCUCAACUGAACACAUUCCAACUAUAAAGUGCAUUUCAAGAAGAAAAAAAACCUUUAAUGUAACUUAUUAAAAACUGUAAAGACAUUUCCUAUUUGGAUUUAAAGAAAAAUAAUAUUGAAACAUUUUGUUUUUACCCUCACAGCGCCCCCAUGUGGUUUUCCUGGCCUGGGCAGAAAGCCAUGUUCCCCAUAUUAAAAAGCACUAGGAAAACAAUGGACUACUGUAGGCAAAACAAAUAAAAGUUUUAGUACAUUUGCUGUUGCUUCAUUAGAAAAAAAGUCACAAAAACCUUAGAGAAUUCCCAGGACAAAGUAAAGCAAAAAACAGUGAACUACAAACAGUUGUUGAAGGCCACAUGCAGGUCAUUUAACCGGAAAGAUAGAAGUUUGAACUGGGAAUAAAAUCGAACCAAACUUAACUCUGUUUACAGUUCCAAGUAGGACAACUCGUGUGACUGCCGAACUGAUUUGCUAAGAGAUAAACCUAAUUACUAUUGGCAAAAAACUUAACUGCAUCGUUAUGCUUUUAAGCACUUGAGCAACAAAAUAGUUCUUUGUCUGGAUGAUUUGAGAUGCAAGUCGUCAGUAGUGAACAUUUGUUUUACAUUAUUUACUGCCGCUAUCAGCUUUAUGAAAGGCAACCAUAAUGGAUUUGGAUGUCAAUGUUGAUGACACCCAACCUCUUUUCUCUUAGCAACAUUUUUUCCCCCAAAUUGACUUCAAUAGCGAAUCUGUGGUGGCUGAAGAUUAAAGUGAUGGCAAAGAAACUUUCCAACUUCAAAGAUAUGAAACUCCUCGCUCCAAAGAUAAAUUAUUUAAACAUUAAUGGAAAUAUGCUACACGUCGUAAGGUUUGAUUGCUGGAUUGCCAAUACAUAUUUUUCAAUUGGUUAUUGAAAUUUUUUUUUUUUUUUUAA